UCCCAGGUCAGAUGUCGGUCAGGUUUGGAGACUGACCCUUAUAGGUCGAACUAGCUUCAAGUCAAAUCAGAAUCAAAUUGACCCAGCGAUCAGAUCUGUUUCUCACACCACUACUGUAGCCUUUAAGUGUCAGGACAAAAGAUUGGCCGCAAAUAUAGAAUUUAUGCACGCGCCCUCGCCUCUUGUCUAAAAUUUAAAAUCAUAUACUAUAUCUAAAACAAACCAAACGAACGUGACAAGAAAAUUUCGGGGAGGCUUUAAAUAGUAUCUACGUUGACUUUUAACUUUCUUAUGCCAAGGGACACUAGAAAGAAGAUACAAUUCUGUUCGAUUCUAUACGUAUUUUGAAGGAUUGAAGUACAGGGAGAUUUGAUCGAGAUAGGAAGAUAUUAGCACCGCACUUCUGUUUUCUUGGCAAAAUGGCGUUAAGGUACGACGACGAUGAGGCUGUUAAUUCUUUUUUGGUCAAAUUAGGGGCUGUUACUUCUGAUGAUGAGCUUAUUGAUGAAGUUUAUCCUGAAAGUGACUCUGAUACAGACAGUUUCAUAGAUGGCGAUGUAAAGUCAAAAUUCUUCAAUAAAAACGAAGCACCAAUGGAAAGUACCCUUUUCAACGUUCGGGUAGACCUGAUGCCAGCCAGCGAUAAAUGGUCUCGGAUUGCACAGGAUAUAGUGAUGGUGUUAGAUGUUAGUAGCAGCAUGGCGGAAGAAGACAGGUUGAAAGGUGUGAAAGUUUUAGCCGGAAUUAUAAUUAACAGAUUGAAUCGAAAAGAUCGUCUCUCAGUCAUCGUAUACGAGGGUGAAGUCUAUAGGUUGUGUAAGUUGCAAAAAAUGACUGAUCUUAAUAAAGUAGAAAUUCAAAGUCUAAUUGAUGAAAUAGCAGCAGGCGGGGGAAGCAACGUGAAGGGUGGCCUUAGAGAGGCCAUGAAAGUCAUUGAUGAUCGAAAGUUUACUAGAGGACGUGGGUGUGCAAUAGUGCUUAUGUCUGACGGAGACCUUCAUCAUGCAGAUGGCAGCAUCACACAAACCUACAGUGUACCAGUAUACACGAUUCAUUACGGCCAUCAGCCUGAGUCUCAGGUGCUCCAGAACAUUGCGAGUAACAGUAAUGGAGGAACAUUCACAUUUGUUGAUACUGAAGAAACAGAAACAAGCAAGAACUUUAUCCAAACAGUUUCUAAUGUUGUUGCUGGGCAAAUGGACAGAUUAGUAGUAGCUGAAGACUUGCAUUUGACCAUCACUAACAUUGAAUCCACAAUUAAGAAGGCGUCUGCGGGAAACUUUCCACAGUGCUGGGAUGAGUCUUCAGUAACUAUUACAUUUGGCGCUCUCCACUGUAAAGAAAAAUUCAGUGUUUCAGUAGAUCUCCUUCUUGAUGAGGUUUCGAAGUCACGCGGUACUGAUGUUGUCGAAUUUUCCUACUGCUAUCACGAUAGGGUACGUAAAGAAACCUUUGAAGCCCUUCCUGUAAUAGUAACCGUGUCUCGUCGUGCAUCAAGGGAUAAAGAAGUUCAACAAACUACUGAUCAGACAAAAGAGGCAAUUGACUCUGAUGACACGAAAAGGUUUGAGAAGGCUUAUAACUUUUUACGAGCUAACCAAACUAAUGUUGAAUCCGAUGAUCUUGAUCAGCUAAACCUGAUGAUUGCGCUACUUGAGCUUCCUCUUGAAGAACGGCGUUCUGUUACCAAUGAUAUUAUGAACAGGCUACGAGUGAUUGCCAAUACCUCUAUGGACAAAUAACAAAGCAAUUUGAAAGAAAAGAGAAGAUAUUUAUCCCAACUUGCAGUUGCUGAUUGUCAACAGAAACGUUAUAAAAUAGCCAUUCAGUUUCCAAAGCUAUCAAGACUACCUAGUGAAUGGAAGUCGUUGAGGUUUAAGGAAACAUGUUUCAGUGCAAUAUUUAGUUCUUACUUUAUAUUUUCUAUAUCAAUAUUAUUGUUAAAACGUGUGAGCACUUAUUAGUUAUUAUAGAUUAUCAUAUGUCGGUUUACAUCACAAGCUGACAUCAUUAUGCCUUUGACAUGCCAAUUUUCUAUCUCUUUCGUCUUUCGAUACGAUUCCGCUAACGGACGC